AUGUAUGGCUAUGUCACUUUAAAGGGCCAGGCCCGGAACCUAGGCUGCUGCGACACAGUCGUCUGGUUCUGUGAGGAAAAGAGUACUCUCUCAAGCCAUAAAAGAACACACACUGGAAGGAAACCUUAUGAAUGUAACCAGUGUGGUAAAGCCUUUGCAAAAACCAGUCAUCUGGUAAGCCAUAAAAGAACACACACUGGAGAGAAACCUUAUGAAUGUGACCAUUGUGGUAAAGCCUUUGCAAAAAACAGUCAUCUGGUAAGUCAUAAAAGAAUACACACUGGAGAGAAACCUUAUGAAUGUGACCAGUGUGGUAAAGCCUUUGCAAAAAACAGUCAUCUGGUAAGCCAUAAAAGAACACACACUGGAGAGAAACCUUAUGAAUGUAACCAGUGUGGAAAAGCCUUUGCAAAAAACAGUCAUCUGCUAAGCCAUAAAAGAACACACACUGGAGAGAAACCUUAUGAAUGUAAUCAGUGUGGUAAAGCCUUUGAAGAA